UUUCUCAUCCUUCACUCUCUGCCAUUAGUCAUUAGUUACUACCCUUUAUGGAAUCACAACCAGAAUCACAAUCAGUUUUCUGUAAUGAUAACCAUAAUAUUAAUGGUUUUGAAGAUUAUGACAUUAUCAAAUGGUUUGAAGAUGUAGCAGAAAACGCAGGUUUUGUGCAGACCUUGACUCUUAGACGAAUUAUCCAACAGAAUUUGGGUACAGAAUAUUUGAGAAAAUGGCUGGGAGACAUCGAAAUCCAAGAUAUAGAGCCAAAUGCACUGGAGUCUCUUUACACUUCUUUGGUUCCUAUUGCUUCCCAUGCUGAUUUGGAGCCUUAUGUUCACAAAAUUGCAGAAGGAAAUUCUACUCCAAUCCUCACUCAACAACCCAUCACCACUCUCUCCCUCAGUUCAGGAACAACAGAAGGAAGACAAAAGUAUGUACCCUUCACACGCCAUAGCUCACAGACUACUCUUCAAAUCUUUAGGUUGGCAGCAGCUUACAGAUCAAGGGUAUAUCCAAUAAUGGAAGGAGGGAGGAUCCUUGAAUUCAUUUACAGUAGCAAACAGUUCCAAACAAAGGGCGGAUUAAAAGUUGGAACAGCCACCACACAUUACUAUGCAAGUGAAGAAUUUAAGAUCAAACAGAUGAAAACAAAGUCAUUCACUUGCAGCCCCAAAGAAGUAAUUUCAGGGGGAGAUUAUAAACAAUCCACUUACUGUCACCUCCUUCUAGGCCUUAUUUACUCUGAUCAGGUGGAGUUCAUCACUUCCACAUUUGCUUUUGGUAUAGUGCAGGCUUUUAUAUCCUUUGAAGACUUGUGGAGGGAAAUAUGUAAGGACAUCAGAGAAGGCACUCUCAGCUCAAGAAUCACCAUAGAAAGGAUAAGAAAAGCUGUGUUGGACAUUCUCUCGCCGAACCCGUCUUUGGCUAUAAAAAUUGAAGAGAAAUGCAAGGAGCUAGAAAUGGCAAAUUGGUCCUCUCUCAUCCCUGAACUUUGGCCUAAUGCCAAAUAUGUUUAUUCCAUAAUGACAGGAUCUAUGCAACCAUACUUGAGAAAACUGAGGCACUAUUCAGGGGAUUUGCCUUUAGUAAGUGCAGAUUAUGGAUCCACAGAGAGUUGGAUUGGAGUUAAUGUGGAUCCCUCUUCCCCUCCAGAGAAUGUUACUUUUGCAGUAAUUCCCACAUUUUCUUAUUUUGAAUUUAUACCUCUUUAUAGACAAAACCAGGAUUUCACAUCCGCCAUUGAUGACUUUAUAGAAGCUGACCCAGUACCGCUCUCUCAAGUUAAGGUUGGACAGGAAUAUGAGGUUGCUCUCACCACUUUUACAGGACUUUACAGAUACAGAUUGGGAGAUGUGGUAGAGGUGGCUGGCUUCUACAAAGGAACACCAAAGCUGAACUUUAUCUGUAGAAGGAAGCUAAUAUUAACUGUAAAUAUUGACAAAAAUACAGAGAAAGACCUUCAGUUGGUGGUGGAGAGGGGAUCCCAACUACUAAGCCAAACAAGAGCAGAGCUAGCUGAUUUUACAAGCCACGCCGAUGUGGCUAAUCAACCAGGGCAUUACAUAAUUUAUUGGGAGAUUAAGGGAGAAGUCGAGGAACAAGUACUUGGUGAGUGUUGCCGAGAAAUGGAUGCUUCGUUUGUCGAUCAUGGAUAUGUCGUAUCAAGAAGGAUGAACACAAUUGGGCCUCUAGAGCUCUGCAUUGUUGAGAAGGGGACAUUCAGGAAGAUUUUGGAUUACUUUGUGGAGAAUGGAGCAGCUUUGAGCCAGUUUAAGACACCUAGGUGCACUAGUAAUCAGGUCCUCUUGAAAAUUCUCAAUGCCUGUACCAUUAAAAGAUUCCAUAGUACAGCUUAUGGGUAACACUGAAACACAAUUUAGCUUAUGAAUUGGAAACUUUUCUAAAUGAAAGCACUUGGUCUGUCUUAAUUGGUAAUAAAGAUUGCUUAAAUUUCCUUUUC